AUGUCGCGUAAUUUGAGAGGACGUCAUGACGCAGAUGAUCUGGAGGGGAUCGAGGAUAACAAUGGGAUAAUUCAUACGACAACGAGGUCGUUGAGGAAGAUAAACUACGCCGAAAUUGAGGCGGGAUUCGAUUAUCUGGAAAAUGAUGAGGAGACCUUUUCCACGGAGAACUCCAAAGAGUUGAAUAAAGCUGGCAAUGGCGAUGGCAAGGUCAUUGACCAGGGUAAUACGGAGUACCGUGGCGGCGAUGAUGAUGACGAUGACGAUGAUGAAGAUAUUGUGGUACGCAGGAAAUAUAACGGAAAAGACGGGGUUGGAGUGACCGAGAAGAGGAGUAGGGGUGCCAGGAGAUCAAGAGCGGUCGAUGCGGAUGAAGACGACGAAAGUUUCCACGAGGACGAAGAUGUGGAUGUGGAAGCAGAUGAUGAUGAUCUUGACAUUGAUGAAGAGGGCAAAGAUGACGAUUAUUUUGUCAGAAACGAUAGGAAGCGCAGGCAGAGGCUGGCGGAUAAAACCUUCGUGGUACCGGAUCCCGAUAAUGAAGACGAGGAAGAUGACGAUGCAGAAGAUGACGAUGGAGAAGAUGACGAUGGGUACCCAGUUUAUAACAGAAGGACGAAGCGGAGUACAAGCAGAAAUGGUUAUAGGACAACAAGAUUGCGAAAUAGAGUUUCAACUCCGUCACCCCCACCAAGAAACCUGAGAAAAAGAACACGGUCGUCACACAUGGAUGAGGAUCUGCAAGAUACUGAUGUAGAUCGAAAAAAUAGUGAGGCGCUUUCUUUAGAAGAUGAAAUAAGAGAAUUACAAGAAGACAGUCCUAUUCAUGAAAAGAGAUCCUUGCGUGAACGUACAAAACCAGUUAACUAUACAUUACCACCACCGUUAACUGAGGCUAAUGCUGAAGAUUUAUCGGUAAGGGAGCAUUCGAAGUCUUUCGCCAAUCCAUCCCCACGUCGUGGUCGUGGGGGUUGGGGCACGAGCCAGAAUACGGGUCCUGUGAGAAGACUUUUCCCUACCGGUGGGCCAUUUGGUGGAAAUGACGUUACGACAGUUUUUGGCAAAAACACAAAUUUUUACGGCCAGGCUUCCAACACUGAUAAUAUUAAUAAUAACAAACUUAUAAUAGAUUCUGAUUCUUCGGAUGAUGAAAUUCUACCUAUGGGAGCUGUACCAAAACAAAAGCAACCGAAAACAAAGAAAAAGAAACCCGAGAUUGCUGAUUUAGAUCCACUUGGUGUGGACAUGAAUGUCAAGUUUAGUGAAGUUGGUGGUCUCGAUAAUUACAUUGACCAAUUAAAAGAAAUGGUCGCUUUACCAUUAAUGUAUCCAGAAUUGUAUCAAAAUUUUGAUAUUACGCCACCCAGAGGUGUUUUAUUUCAUGGUCCACCUGGCACAGGUAAGACGCUAAUGGCACGCGCUUUAGCUGCAAGCUGCUCAUCUGAAGGAAGAAAAAUAACCUUCUUUAUGAGAAAAGGUGCAGAUGUUCUAUCAAAAUGGGUUGGUGAAGCUGAAAGACAAUUACGUUUGUUAUUCGAGGAGGCUAAGAAACAGCAACCAUCAGUGAUUUUUUUUGACGAAAUUGAUGGGUUGGCACCUGUAAGAAGUUCCAAGCAGGAACAAAUUCAUGCCAGUAUAGUGUCUACAUUGUUGGCACUGAUGGAUGGUAUGGAUAACAGGGGACAAGUCAUUGUGAUUGGUGCUACAAAUAGACCUGACGCUGUAGACCCCGCUUUGAGAAGACCGGGAAGAUUUGAUAGAGAAUUUUAUUUCCCACUACCAGAUUCCAAAGCUCGUGCACAAAUUUUAAAGAUUCAUACCAAGAAAUGGAAACCACCACUAUCUGAAAACUUUAUCAGUAACUUGGCUUCCCUUACCAAAGGGCAUGGUGGUGCGGAUUUAAGGGCACUUUGUACCGAAGCAGCGUUAAUAAGUAUUCAAAGAAAGUACCCUCAAAUUUAUAGAAGCAAUGACAAACUGCAAGUUGAUCCAUCAAAGGUGAGUGUCAAUAGUGGCGACUUCAUGAUCGCAUUAAAAAGAAUUGUUCCCUCUUCUGCUCGAUCUGUCGGUAGCACUGCAAGUCCUUUACCAGAAUCCGUGAAGCCGCUGUUGGAAGAUCAAUUUGAAAAAGCAAAACAGAAACUGGAACUCCUGAUACCAAAAGAAAAUGACAUUUUUGAUAAGGAAUCUUCUUUGAUUCAGCACUUUAUCGAUUACGACAGCUUUAAUGAUGACAACAUCAAUACAGAGACAGAAGUAGAUAACAGCAUGUCAGGUUUUGCUAAGUACGAAAUUAUUAAUAAGAUAUCUGAUGCUCGGAUAUUUCAGCCAAGGUUACUGAUAACUGGCCAAAGGGGAAAUGGACAGCAAUAUCUAGGAGGUGCAAUGCUAAACUUUUUUGAACGUUAUAACGUUCAAAAGCUAGAUCUAGCGUCGUUGGUAUCAGAUAGUACCAGAACUGUGGAGUCGGCUGUUGUGCAAGGAUUUUUAGAGGCCCGUAAAAGACAGCCCUCUGUAAUCUUUAUCCCAAGCAUUGAAACGUGGCCCAAAGUGAUCCCAGAGUCAGCAAUCCUCACUUUAUCAACUUUAAUGAGAUCGUUGAAAAGCAGUGAAAAAGUAUUUAUUUUGGGUAUUGGUGAAGCUGAUUGGGAAGAAGAGCUUCGAUAUGGGCCUUUAUCAAAUCUAUUUUUCUCAAAAAACAUCUUUCAUAUCGAUUGUCCUUCUUCCUCUCAGCGGGUCAAAUAUUUCAGUUCAUUAAUUAACCUGUUGCGCAUGAAACCAACAAGUUUCGAAACGAGGAGAAAAAGAACCAAGCCUUUAGAACAUUUGCCAUUGGCAGAAACCACCAUCCGAAACUCCGAACAAGGCAAUGAUGGUACAUUAUUAUCUCCAAUAGAAGCUACUAAAAAAAAUUUGAGAUCUUUUCAACAUCAAGAUAUGAAACUGAAAAAUGUUUUGAAGAUCAAGCUGUCUGGCCUUAUGGAUUUGUUUAAAAAUAGAUAUAAGAGGUUCAGGAAACCCCCUAUCGAUGACUCUUUUUUAAUUCACCUUUUUGAGCCUUCUACGGAUCCAAAUUGGCAGCCUGCUUAUGUGAAAGAUAAUGAUAUGAUUCUCGAGGUGGCGACUGGUCGCCGCUUUUUCAAUAUGGAUCUCGAUCUAAUUGAAGAACGUCUGUGGAAUGGAUAUUAUUCCGAACCUAAACAGUAUCUGAAGGACAUAGAGCUUAUUUAUCGUGAUGCUAACACUACUGGUGAUCGCGAAAGAAUUAUUAAAGCUUCCGAAAUGUUUGCAAAUGCUCAGAUGGGUAUCGAAGAGAUAUCGACCCCAGAGUUCAUGCAAGAAUGCAAAGCUACACGCAGAAGAGACCUUGAGCGUCAAGAGCUUUUUUUGCUUCAUGAGCAGGCUAGGCUAUCUGAGGAGCAAAAACGCCUAAAGAACACUACUACCUCCACAGGUGAAGUUUGUGACGAGGUAGGCGUAGCCUCUGGUAAUCAAUUGCAAGUUCAAGGAACAGAGAGCACCUCAGCUAAUGUGGAACUCCCAAACGAAUCAUCAGGUAUGGCUGUGAACGACGGUCAACUUGAAUGUCAACUGAUAGAAACACAGGUCGAUGCUGUGGAAGAUGUCUUAGAAGAGAAAGGCGCUGCUGUGCCAGACAAUUUUCCAAAUGGCAGUACCAAUGAAGUGAUCGAUUCUCAUGGCAAUGGCCUGAACGGACCACAUAAUUCGACCGAAACAUCUGUUAUGGGAGAUGCUUUUACGGAGGAGACGCGCACAGAUGAUCCGGAAUUUGGGCAGAAUAAUGUAGCAUCCGAGAACAUUGCUACAACAAACAAUGAUGAAAGUAUUGAAAGUGUUGAAGAAUUGAAAAAUGCUGAGAACAAGAAAAAUGCUGAGAACAAGGAAAAUUCUGGGGCUAAAGUUUCAAAGUCCAAAAACGAGGAGUUAGAGCCAGAAGUAGUUGUUGACGUCGAUGAAGACUCAUUAUCACUUAUUAUCCAGACACUCGAGCGGAAAACUCAUAACUGCACUGUCGCAGUUCUGGAGGAGAUAUAUUCUGAGCUAUCUGAAAUUGCUUGGGAAGAUAGAUUUCUGUGGGCAAAGGCGGAUACUAUUAAUAAGAUUUCAAACAGGAUCGAGAAGAUAUAA